AUGGCGGUUGCAUUGGACGACUUGAAGCAGUUGGAGGCGCUGCUGGCGGCGCUUCCCUCGGGCGUGGCCACAGCACCGGGGACUCGGGGAGCCGAGGUGUACGAGGCGACUCGUGUAGCGCAUGCUCGGGCGGUGGCGCUGAAUGUGAGGAAUGAUGCAGGCGAGACACCGCUAUUUGCUGCGGCGUGGCUCGGCAGACCGUCGUUGGUUGCACUGCUGUUGGAAGCCGGCGCCGACGUGUCGAUCCCGGACAACGACGGGUGGACGCCGCUGGUGGCAGCGGCGUAUCGCGGGCAUGCGCCUGUUGUUGAGCAAUUGCUUAAGCAUUUGAUCUUCAGCCCGCUCGGUGUGGAGCCACCACCGCCGCCAGAGGCCGGCUCCACCAAGCCCCGGGACGGUGACGGGCGCGCGCCGGCAGAGCGGAGCUCGGUGUCGUCAGUGGCCAGCUCAGCAAGCAGGCACCGACCGAGGCAGGUGAGUAACUCGUCAGAUGUGAUUGAGGAUGAAGACGAGACGCGGACGUCGGCGUCGGUGCAGGCGCUCCAGCUGCGGGCUCGGAUGCGGGCUCGAUCGGCGAUGCGAAUGCUGCAGGCGCGGCGGGCGGCGGCGGAGCGGAUGUCUUCGCCGUCCGACUCGUCGGCGCCGUCGGGUGGAUCGCACGCGACGCCUCCUCCGCCUCCUGUGGGGUUGGCUGCGGCAACGUCGACAGCCGCGCUGCUACCGCCGAUCUCGCUCCUCACUCGGUCACCGUCUGUCCAGGGCUCGUCGCCCGGCUCGUCGCGGUCGGACACCCUCGAUCCGUUCGAGGUGUCGGAGAGGCAAAUCUCGGCAUCGUCGUACCGGCAGGCGCGCGAGCUGCUGCAGCAGCCCGAGUUCCGGCCGCUUGUGCAAGAGGCGACCGAGGCGCUGUUAACGGCCAUGUCGCACACCGACUCACAGAACUGGUCUGCGCUGUUGUGGGCUGCGGUGCAGGGACACGAGGCCAUUGUCUCGCUCCUUGUCUCCAAGUUUGGAGCGUUUCUCUCGGGGCUGGAUGCAGCGCUUGAGGCGGUCAAGUCAGCCAAGGUCCGAAUGCUGCUGCGGCGGGCGGCGCGGAGUGGGAUGCAAACAACCCACGACGCGGUGGUGGAGCAUGUGGCCUCGCUGGGACCAGAGACCAUCAAGCGGAUUGCCCACAAGCGCAAGCGCGAGGCAGAUCCGACCGGAGCAGCCGGUGACGACGCGGCGGGGCCGGCCGGAACGGCGCAAGCAGUCGAUGAAGAGCGCGAGGAGCACGAGGCGCGAGCCAAGCGGCAGCGGCGGCUUGUCGACAUGGGUGGGGGCCGGAGCGGGGCCGAGGACAAGGCCAACAAUCGCAUUCCGGGCGACGACCCAACUGGUUGA